CACCUGUUCCACCCCCACCAGGCCCACGAGCGGCUGGAGGAGACCAAGCUGGAGGCUGUGCGUGACAACAACCUGGAGCUGGUGCAGGAGAUCCUCCGGGACCUGGCCCAGCUGGCCGAGCAGAGCAGCACCGCGGCGGAGCUGGCCCGCAUCCUCCAGGAGCCCCACUUCCAGUCCCUCCUGGAGACACACGACUCUGUGGCCUCAAAGACCUAUGAGACACCACCCCCCAGCCCUGGCCUGGACCCCACCUUCAGCAACCAGCCGGUGCCUCCCGACGCAGUGCGCAUGGUGGGCAUCCGCAAGACUGCUGGAGAGUAUCUGGGCGUGACGUUCCGUGUGGAGGGCGGCGAGCUGGUGAUCGCGCGCAUUCUGCACGGGGGCAUGGUGGCUCAGCAAGGCCUGCUGCACGUGGGCGACAUCAUCAAGGAGGUGAACGGGCAGCCGGUGGGCAGUGACCCCCGCGCGCUGCAGGAGCUCCUGCGCAGUGCCAGCGGCAGCGUCAUCCUCAAGAUCCUGCCCAGCUACCAGGAGCCCCAUCUGCCCCGCCAGGUGUUUGUGAAAUGCCACUUUGACUAUGACCCUGCAAGAGACAGCCUUAUCCCCUGCAAGGAAGCGGGCCUGCGCUUCAACGCGGGGGACUUACUGCAGAUUGUAAACCAGGACGACGCUAACUGGUGGCAGGCAUGCCAUGUGGAAGGGGGCAGCGCUGGGCUCAUCCCCAGCCAGCUGCUGGAGGAGAAGCGGAAAGCCUUUGUCAAACGGGAUCUGGAGCUGACACCCACCUCAGGGACCCUGUGUGGCAGUCUUUCAGGAAAGAAAAAGAAGCGAAUGAUGUACUUGACUACCAAGAAUGCAGAGUUUGACCGCCAUGAGCUGCUCAUUUAUGAGGAGGUGGCCCGCAUGCCUCCCUUCCGCCGGAAAACCCUGGUGCUAAUCGGAGCCCAGGGUGUGGGCCGGCGCAGCCUGAAGAACAAGCUCAUCAUGUGGGAUCCAGAUCGAUACGGCACCACAGUGCCCUACACGUCCCGGCGGCCCAAGGACUCGGAGCGGGAAGGCCAGGGCUAUAGCUUUGUGUCCCGCGGGGAGAUGGAGGCCGACAUCCGCGCGGGGCGCUACCUGGAACAUGGCGAAUACGAGGGCAACCUGUAUGGGACCCGUAUCGACUCCAUCCGGGGUGUGGUCGCCGCCGGCAAGGUGUGCGUGCUGGAUGUCAACCCCCAGGCAGUGAAAGUGCUGAGAACAGCUGAGUUUGUCCCUUAUGUGGUGUUCAUCGAGGCCCCUGACUUUGAGACCCUGCGGGCCAUGAACCGGGCUGCCCUGGAGAGUGGGGUGUCCACCAAGCAGCUCACGGAGGCCGACCUGAGGAGGACCGUGGAGGAGAGCAGCCGCAUCCAGAGGGGCUACGGGCACUACUUUGACCUCAGCCUGGUCAACACCAACCUGGAGAGGACCUUUCGUGAGCUCCAGGCUGCCAUGGAGAAGCUGCGGACGGAGCCCCAGUGGGUGCCCGUCAGCUGGGUGUACUGAGACUGUUCAUGUGGACCGCACCCCUCUGGGCUGUGACCCAGAACCCUGAAUCCAUCCCCUCCCCUGGCCAUGACCCCUAGCCCUGAUCCUUAGCUCUCAUCCCUGGCCGUCUGGCUCUCCCUGGGUGAGGACGGCUCCUAGCGGGCCCUAAUCUGGCUUCAGCACAGGUGUGUGCACUGCCGAGGAGGUGGGUGUUCAUGGGGCACCUCUGUGCCCAGGUGCUGCCCACUCCCGAUGCCCACUGGCCACCAGAUGUCCCUCUCUGAGGGCCAGGCUGUGCCCAGGAGUGUGUCAGAGUCACCUCCGUAAUGCUCAGUCCAGAGAAGAGGAAAGCUGCUCUGGGGCCCUGUGGCCAGUAGGCACACUGCCCCCUGCCACCUCUCUCCAGCCGCCUUUCUCCCGUGGACUGGCCACGCCCACUCCAUUCCGGGGCUCCUCCCACCUCUCACCCCUGGGGCCCUCCUGAAGGCUGGGGGAGCCAAAGCUUGAGCCAGCUGCCGCCGCCAGGGGGCAGUGCGGUCCAGCUUCCCUUGGAAUGAGGCGGAGUCCCGCAAGUGGACCCCGCUCUGUCCUUCCCUCACGCACAGCUUUUCACUGCCGAAGUCUCUCCACGGACUUCUCUGAUGUGCCCGUGACAGGACCGCUCAGCUCCCCGCAGGGCAGGGCCGGCCGGGGUCGGCGGGCUCAGCGCAGGGAGGGGUGAGCUGAAGGCUGAGCCGUGUGACGGGGAGCCUGCGACUACUGACCAUGGCCCCUGGGGCGGGGGGUGGGGGGGGCACGUCUGGGCUCCCUGUUGGUGACCACGGUCCAGCUUGGUCUCUCUGGCGGGGUCCAGGUGGCCCACUCGCAUCAGGUCUGCCUGGGGGGCUGAGGAUGGGUGCAGAGAGGAGCCUGUGAGCCGGCCAUGGAGCAGGGGCUUGGCAGAGGACAUCUAUGCUCUAGCCGGCUCCCUGUUGUACAACUCCAGGGGGCGCCAUCCACACUGUUUCUGCCUGCGCAGCUUAGGGUCCGCAGGCUGGGGCACCUGGUCUGUGUUUGUACCGUUGGUGUGUGUGUGUCAGUCUUGGUUUUGGGAGAAGAGAAGCAAAGGGUUGUUUUGCUUUGGAGGUCACUAUUUGGGGCCCUUUUUGGGGGGUUCCCCAUUAGUCCCCAUUUCUUAUGAGACCCUUAUCCCAGAUUCCAGAGCCUUGACCCUCCCCCGAUGUCUUUCUCCCCAUCUCCUAGUGUCCCCCUAUCCUAUAUGACACCGUCGAGUCCUCGAGUCCUCGGGGAGGGCAAUUGUGUAAGAUAGGAGAAUCCCUUUUAAGAAUGCCGUCGUAGACUUCCCCAGGCAUCUGGCCCUCGUCCCUCUGUGUGAUCUUGUCUGGGGUGAAGCUGUUCUUGCAGGGACCACCCCAUCGCCCCCAGCACCAGCCAGCCCCUGUCCUUCCCAGAUCUCUGAGUGUCUGAUCAGUCUUCGCUGCAGGUUCAGCCCGAGCUGGCCCCUGAACCACUGUGUGCCCAUUUCCUAGGGAAGGGGAGGGAGAAGAAACAGAGUAUUUAUUACAAAGUUAGAAAUAUAUUUAUUAUAUUAGGGAUCUCAUUUGCAUUGGCCUAGGAUAUGCAAAUGAGAUGUUAAGGUCAAGCCUGCUCCCAUCUCAUUUGCAUAGCUCUGCAUCCACUAUGCAGUCACCUUUAUACCCCUCUUUUCCCUUUCCUCAGUGUUCUUUUUAUCCUCAAUCCAGCACUUCCUUGCAUCACCCUUACGACAGCCCAGGGGGCCCAGGAGUGGGAGGAAGAGCUGCUCUCCUGCUGCCCAAGGCAAUGGUUUCCUUUGCCAGUUCCCACCUCACCUGGGGCACUUGGGAGUAGAAGCAGUGAGGAUCUGCAGGUGCAGCCCCCUACCCUUGGUUAACCUCCAAAAUCUCCUGAAGGAAAGAGCAUCCCCUGAUGGAGGUGGAGGGAGCCUGGCUUAGGGUGCUGGGUACCUUGCCGAGGAGUUGGCACCUGACCCUGUGGGGUAGAUCUCCCGUGUGGAUGCUGUUCCGGCACCUUCACCUCUAGUGAUGCCUGGGGGGCAGGGCUGGGACCCUCCUCUCCUGUCUUCAUCCCUUCAACUGCGUCCUACCUCCCCUACACAAGCCCCACUCACUCCCUGGCCCAGGGCUGGGUUGGAAGGGGUGUGUGCCCACCACAUUACCUCUCUGACCCUAUCCUCCUUCCCUGGAUGCUUGUAUUUGAGGCACCUCGGGAUAAUGAGGACUCGGCCCCCCACUGUCCACGCUCAGUGCCGGCCCUGUUGCCCUUCCCCUCUCCCCUCCCUCAGCCAAUUCUUGAGCUUUUGCUCUGACUGGUUUUCUUUCUUUUCCUUUGAUUAAAUGUGAAAACAAAGGC